AUGAAGAGGGAUCAAGAUACAUUGAAGAAUGCCCAUAAGAAGUAUAUGAGGGCCAAUGCUCUGUUCAGGCUAUUAGCAGGUGUGGCUACAUUGGCUGCAGCUUUGGUCAUGGGGUUCAACAGAGAAACCAGUAUCAUUGCUGGGUAUGAAUUCAUAGUUACUUACAAGAAAUCUCCUGCCUUUGAGUUCUUUCUAGUGGGGAAUGCGAUUUCUUGUAGGUGCUCAGUGGUUUCUCUGCCUUUUGUUUUCAAUCGUGAAGGCUACAUGUUGGACGUGUUAGACCUCGUAAGCUUGGUGCUUGUUAUGGCCGCAGCCUCGGCGGGUGAGGCAAUAGGCCAUCCGGGGAAGGAGGGGAAUGAUGGGGUUGGGUGGCCGCCUGUGUGCUCCUUCUUUGAGAAGUUCUGUGAGAGAGCUGAGAUCUCUUUGGGAUUGGAUUUGUAG